CAACAAAAAAAGCGUUGGGGUUGAGUAAAAUACGACCAUCUCAACCAAAGCCAAAGUUAUAUUGCCCUGUAAAAUAUCUCGGCGGUUGAUGGUUGGCGAGAUCCCGACCCCUACGAUUUGUUGUUCCUAGUAGCCGAUCACAGGCGGCGACCACCGAACACCAACUAGCAGCAUGCCCGCCUCUGGAAUCACGGGAUCUGUUCUGCGCCGCUCACUGCGCGCAUAUCAGAUCUAUGGCGCGAAUACCGGCGUGGGAAAGACGGUCAUGUCGACCAUCUUGUGCGGCGCGCUACAUCACGCUUUCCCCCAGGAACCCGUCUGGUACCUGAAGCCAGUGUCGACGGGCCCGCUCGACGACGCCGAUGACGGACACCUCGCGCGGUUCUCGCCGAGCACGAAGACAAAGACAUUAUUUCAGUUUGGAGAGCCCGUGAGCCCGCAUAUUGCCGCGAGGGGCGCUACUCCGCUCUCUGAUUCGUCAAUUCGAGAAAAGAUCCAGGCGCACGUGACAUCGUGUUCUCAGGAUGGAAAGGGGACGCUGCUUGUCGAGACAGCUGGCGGGGUGCAUUCUCCUACGCCGUCUGGGAGCUCACAGGCGGAUCUAUACAGGCCUCUGCGCCUGCCCGUCUUGUUAGUAGGUGACCACCGCCUUGGAGGCAUCUCGUCAUCCAUAUCGGCCUUCGAGUCCCUCCAUAUCAGGGGCUACGACCUCAACUCCGUUCUACUAUUCGAGGAUGAGCAAUAUCAGAAUCAUGAGUAUCUUCGCGACUACUUCGGCGAGCGCGGCAUCUCCGUGCUCUCGCUCCCCCCACCCCCGCCACAGGAGAGCAGCAAAGAGACCGAUCAGGCGCGUAUGGCAGACUACUACCUAGAAAUGAGCGAGCGCAAAUCCGUCAUAGACAUGGCAACCUCCCUCUCCACCUCUCACACCUCCCGCCUCGACAGGCUCGACUCAAUGGCCGACAAAGCCCACAAACACAUCUGGUACCCUUUCACACAGCACCGCGGCAUCACCCCUGACAAACUCAUGACCGUCGACUCCGCCCACGGCGACUUCUUCCAGACCGUCUCACCACCAUCCUCCGAGACCGUCCUGCAACCUACCCUCGACGGCUCCGCAUCUUGGUGGACCCAGGGCCUAGGACACGGUAACCCCGCUCUUUCCCUCGCCGCUGCCAACGCCGCUGGUCGCUACGGCCACGUGAUGUUCGCAUCAGCGAUCCAUGAGCCGGCCCUUGCGCUGGCAGAGCUUCUGCUCGAAAACCUACGGAAUCCGCGGAUGCAGCGGGUGUUCUACUCCGACAACGGGAGCACGGGCGUCGAGGUAGCGGUUAAGAUGGCGUUGACAGCCGCGUCGGUGCGGUAUGGGUAUGAGGAAUCGCAAGAGGUGGGUGUGAUUGGGCUGAAGGGCAGUUACCACGGAGACACGAUUGGAGCGAUGGAUUGCUCCGAGCCGUCGACGUAUAAUGAGCGUGUGCAUUGGUACCGUGGGCGUGGUCACUGGUUUGAUUUCCCGCAGGUUAAGAUGAAGGAGGGGGAGUGGGUGGUUGAGCCGCCUGAGGGGGGCGAGGGAGAGUUUGGGCCGGCAAUGAGGUUUAAGUCGCUGGAUGAGGUGUUUGAUAUGGAGGCUCGAGAUGAGUCGCUUGCUGCGGAGACGUAUAAGAAGCACAUCCUCGAAACACUGGACAGGCUCGUACGCGUGGAAGGAAAGACUUUCGGCGCGCUUGUCAUGGAGCCUAUCAUGCUCGGCGCCGGUGGCAUGCUCCUUGUCGACCCCCUCUUCCAACGCACUCUCAUAAACACCAUCCGGGACUCACACUCCCUAUUCUCCGCCUCCCCUGCCCCAACCGACCCAAACAACUGGACCGGUCUACCCAUCCUCUUCGACGAAGUCUUCACAGGCAUCACCCGCCUCGGCCCCUUCAGCCCAUCCACCCUCCUUGGCACCCAACCCGACAUCUCGGUGCACGCCAAGCUCUUAACCGGUGGGCUUGUCCCACUCGCCGCCACCGUCGCGAGUGAGUCUAUCUACGACGUCUUCCUGGGAGAUGAGAAACGCGAUGCCCUUCUACAUGGACACAGUUACACAGCCCAUGCGGUUGGGUGUGCAGUUGCCGAGGCAUCGGUGAAGGAGUUGUUGCGGAUUGAGAGCGGUGAGGAGUGGGAGGCAUUCAGGGCGCCGUGGGGGAAGACGAAGGUGGAUAGUGCAUCCGGUGGGAAGGACGGGGUGUGGAGUAUGUGGUCCCCAACGUUCUUAGACAGUGUAUCACGCCAUACAGAGGUAGAGAGUGUGGUUGCGCUUGGGUCUGUGCUUGCUAUUAAGUUACGGGAUGAAAACCCUGGGUACACAUCCACCGCAGCGAUAGGGCUGCAAUCUGCGCUCUCCCGCGUCGAGGGCGGGUUUGGGAUCCACUCGCGCGUGCUGGGGAAUGUAUUCUAUGUGAUGGCGAGCCAAACCACAACGGUGGAUGUUGUGAGGGGGAUUGAGGAGCGUGUGAUCCAGGCGCUGUAGACAUAUUGAAAAUUUUAGAUUUAUCAAGAGGCAUGAGCCGUGUACGUAUUCAUACGAUACUGUGUCGUCGUUGCACGACCCGGUGUGAUGUCGUUCUUAUUGUGAUUCGUGCGAGCUGAAAUCUGGGUGGAGCCUGCACGGGAGAGAAACGGGAACAAUAAGCAAACGGUGACAUGAGAAUUCUCGUUGUUUAUCCUAUCAUAAAUAUUGUGGUCUCCUCAUCUAUCCAAGAUGUUAUGUGGAGAAAUGCCACAAUGGGGUAUAACUUUUCGUCAGAGGCC